UACGCGCGCCAUACAGCAAUUCGCACGUUCAUCCUGCGAGGGAAGACCAAGAGUUUCCGUCUCCUAAUAUAACAAUAAUUAACAUUUUAUUUGGUCUUGAUUCUAAGAGCCAAGUGAAAAAACACAACAUGAGAAGAAGAAAGCCAAGACAAGACAGCAGCUCUGGCUCAGAGUUUGUGUCAGAGGAAGAGUCAGAGAGCUCGGGAGAAAUUGACCUGUCCAGCACCGAUGAGGAGUCAGGGAACCGGAGAGUGACAAGGACAUCCACACGGAUGCAGACUAGAGCUACGAAUCAAGCAUUGUUAGUUCAGCCUCUACGCAGGUCCCCUCUCAAAGGGCGCAAGAGGGGUUCCAGUGGCUCCAACUCAGCCGAAAGCUCAGACACAGACAGUAACACCAAGACACCAGUCAAGCGCAAGCGUGGCCAUCCUCUGGCCAACAGUGGGACUUCAGAUGCUGAGUCCAACGAAUCGACGGGCCCCACGCAUAGCCCCAAGAAAAGAGCCAAAACAGAUGAUGUCAACCUUAGCCGCUCACCAGGAAAACCAGGUGUUGUGUUGAAUGCGGAGUUCGAAACCAGACAGAGGAAAAGCAAGCUCAUAGCUGUGGCACAGGUGCAACGGUCAUUGGAUAUCAUGGAACUCAAGUGUCCGGUACCAGGCUGUGAUUCUCUCGGCCACAUCACGGGUAAGUUCACCAAGCACCGGACUGUCUCGGGCUGUCCCAUCUAUCACAAUAUGACCCUGGCCGAGUGCAAGGCACGGGCUGAGACUAGGGCAGACAAGGCCAGGCAGAAGGCUGAGGAAGAAGGCGAGGAGCAAGACCUCGCUGGGAAAAAUCUCCGUCAGUCGAGUGAAUCUCGGUUUAAACAGCAGAAGAAGUACCAGGUCCUGGAGUUGAGGAGGCAACGGAAGGAGCUGAGCGCUGAACAGAGGGAGAAGAACAGGAACCAUCGAGAGGAGUUCCAUAAGAGCCGAGAGCCAUUGUUGGAUGGGCUGACAUCACAGUAUGACAUGGAUCUAUUCAGACAGGCCCAGAUCAGGGCCUCGGAAGAAAUGGAGAGAGAGUACAACAACAUGCCCUACGAUGGAGUACUGAAAAAAAUUGACUUUGGUCGCUUUGAACUGGGCACAUGGUACAGCUCCCCCUACCCAGAGGAAUACGCCCGACUCCCCAAACUCUACAUCUGUGAGUUCUGUCUCAAGUACAUGAAGAGCUCAACCAUCCUACGCCGGCACACGGCCAAGUGUGUAUGGAGGCACCCUCCAGGAGACGAAAUCUACAGGAAGCAUAACAUCUCCUUUUUUGAGGUUGACGGAAAGAAAAACAAGAUUUACUGUCAGAACCUCUGUCUGCUUGCCAAGUUGUUUCUGGACCACAAGACUCUGUACUACGACGUGGAACCUUUCUUGUUUUAUAUCAUGACUCUGAAUGACCCCACAGGGUGUCAUAUAGUGGGCUACUUCUCAAAGGAGAAGAAUUCAUUCCUGAAUUACAACGUCUCCUGCAUCCUGACAUUACCACAGUUCAUGCGACAGGGUUAUGGGAAAAUGAUCAUAGACUUCAGUUACUUACUGUCUAAACGAGAAGAGAAGAUUGGAUCACCUGAGAAGCCUCUAUCAGACUUAGGGUUGAUCAGCUACCGAAGCUAUUGGAAGGACGUAGUGUUGAAGUACCUCAGCAAGUAUGAUGGCCGGGAAAUCUCAAUCAAGGAUAUUAGCCAAGAGACAGCCAUCAACCCUUAUGACAUCGUUAGCACCUUGCAAUCCCUGAGCAUGCUCAAGUACUGGAAGGGUAAGCACCUGGUGCUCAAACGCCAGGACCUCAUCGAUCAGUACCUCAGCAAAGCUGCCAAGAAGAACAGCCUCAAGACCAUCGAUCCCGUCUACCUGAAGUGGACACCCCCGGUGGGUGAUACCAUCUGAAGGGGCACAUGCGUGAGUGGCAGGCACGAGGGACAGUCCAUUCCCUGAUGUGGGGGUGGUUUGUUUGUGUGGCCUGACAUAUGAAGUAGAUAGUUCUCAGUCUCCAAACCUAAGGAGGCUAUUCCCAUGAUGUACAUUUCGGCUAUUUAUGACCCUGUAAAAAUGCACUGCAAAACUGCAAGUUCAUGUUGGCAAGUCAAAGCUAACAUCCGGAAAGCUUAACAAGAUAAGAAUGUUAGAAUCUUUAAAAACAACAAACAGGAAACCUCAAGUGGUGGUUAUGGUAAUCAUUCAUCAGCCAGUGUUGUUCGGAUGCUUAAACGCUGUCCAGAUAACAUCUUCUAUGCUAUUCUAUACCUUUGCCAGGAUAUGUCAAUAUACAUUUAAAGAAUAUGACACUGCAGUUAGCAAAACCAUAAUUAUUUUGGCUUUUAUGUGUCCGGGGAGGUUUGGGUUAAAAACUGUUAUUUCUCCAACUUUAGUUCGAGAUACAUGGUGUACUUUGCUUGAAGAACCAUUGGCCAAGAGGAUUACCCUAUUUGUGUACGUUGUUGAUCACAUUCCCAGCCAACAGCACAGUUGAAGUAGUGCAGAUGUCGGGAAGGCUUCAUGCAGUAACCCCCGUUCCCCACAGACUUGUGUGAAAUAGCCAGCCAGAGCUAUAUACAUGUAAUUUGGACGGGCUUAUAGCUUCAGAGAUUGUGGGCAGAUGGUAUCUUUUACAGGGAUGUGAUAUUGGCUUAGACUGCUGAAAUCCAGAGGCCAAAUCUGUACUGCUGUUAACGGGGACAAAUUUACUGGAAAAACUCAAGCAGGUAGUCAGUCAGGAACUGUUGUAGCAAACAGUAUACAAUGUAUGGCGUUUUCGUAGUAAUCUAUGUUUUCCAAACUUUCUCUAUCCAUUUGAAUUUUUAAUUGGUAAUUUAUCUUGUUACUUUGUUUCUGUGCGUGGUAUGUUCUGUGAUAAGCAGUGCUUUGUACUUAAGUCUUUGAAAUAUCACAGCGAUGAAUUGGGGUCUAAUUAAGUGGCAAACACGGACAAUUUUUGGAGAGUAGCUUUCAGUCGGGAAGAAAUGGAUGUUACAAGCUUCUAAGUCCUUUCUCGGUUUUGAAUAAAAGGCGGCACCUGCAUGGUUGUGUUUCACUACAAGUUACCAAAACUGUUUGAGCCCUUAAAACAAAUGAAUCAAUGACGACUUGUCUUUGUUUGUCGCUUUUUAUUUAGAAUUUCGAGAUAUGAUCUAGAAAUACUGUUUCAAGGCUUCGUUCUGCGUGUUUUUCGAUGUGGCUCGUAAGUCACCAUGUUCGGGACGAAGUCACCGGGAAGGGCUUCGUCAUAUCACUCAUUUGGUACUUGUUACUUCAAGGAUCGCCUGCAAAAUCCUUCAACUGAACGCGGUUAGAGAUCCAUCGUGUAUUUGCCGUUGGUGAAUGUAUCAGUGGUCGUGUAAGGAAGUGUGUGCAAAUUUAGACAGCAGACCUUUACAAGAGGGUUUUAAUUUAAAUAAAUCAUACAUUGUUGAAGGUA